AUGCGGACGCCUGUGGUGAUGACUCUGGGCAUGGUGCUCGCACCUUGCGGGCUGCUGCUUAACCUGACCAGCACGCUGGCUCCCGGCUGGCGGCUGGUUAAGGGUUUCCUGGACCAGCCCGUAGACCUGGUGUUGUACCAGGGCCUGUGGGACAUAUGCCGCGAGCAGAGCAGCACCCAGCGCGAGUGCGGCCAGCAGGACAAGUGGAACUAUUUCACGGCCGAGCCCGUGCUCGUGGCUCGGGGACUCAUGGUCACAUCACUGGCCACAACGGCCCUGGGACUGCUGCUCGCAACGCUUGGAGUGCGCUGCUGGCAGGACGAGCCCCACUUCGUGCUGGCCGGCCUCUCGGGAGUGGUGCUCUUCGCCGCAGGGCUAUUAAGUCUCAUUCCAGUCUCCUGGUACAACCACUUCUUGGGGGACCGCGAGGUGCUGCCUGCUCCGCCAAGCCCGGUCACAGUACAGGUCAGCUACAGCCUGGUGCUGGGCUACUUGGGUAGCUGUAUGCUGCUUUGGGGCGGCUUCUCUCUGGGACUCAGCUUCGCGCCCUGGUGCGAGGAGCGCUGUCGCAGCUGCCGAAAGGCGCCUCCCGCAGGCGAGCGCCGCAGCAGCAUCAGCACAGUGUACGUCGACUGGCCCGAGCCCGCGCUCACGCCCGCCAUCAAGUACUACAGCGACGGCCAGCAUCGGCCGCGGCCCACCGAUCGGGGCGCUGCCAGCAAGCCCAAGGUCGGCUUCCCCAUGCCGCGGCCGCCGCCCAAGGCCUACACCAAUCCGGUGAACGUACUGGACGGGGAAGCGGCAGCCCAGCCUCGAGGCGCCUCCUCGCGCAGCACCCGGCCCUGCCACAGCUCGCUGCCCUGUGACUCCGACCUUUAA